AUGAUGGUAAGCGGCGGUGCGGCCGCCUGUAUUGCCGAUAUGGCUACCUUUCCUCUUGAUGUAACAAAAGUUCGUCUCCAAAUAUCGACAACUGUUGCCUUAAAUGCUGAGGGAAUUGUAAUACCGGCCGAGUAUAAGGGCUUUUUGGGUACAUUCAUGGGAAUGGCUCGCAAUGAAGGGCUCCGGGGUUUAUACGGCGGUAUUGUGCCCGGCCUUCAACGCCAAUGCGUUUUGGCAUCCAUUCGUAUUGGUCUCUAUGAACCGGUUAAAGAGCUUUACACAAAUCAACUACAACUUGGUGAGGGGCACGGCGCUAAUAUGUUCAUCAGGAUCAUAUCAGCCUCCACUACCGGCACCGUUGGUAUUUGUUUCGCUCAGCCAACUGAUGUGGUGAAAGUGCGAAUGCAGGCCCAGAAUCGAGGUAACGGCACUUUCCGUUACUACAACUCCGUUCACGCCUAUCGCUCUAUCCUUAAACACGAGGGUUUGGGCGGCCUUUGGAAGGGUUUUGUGCCGAAUAUAGUUCGCAAUUCUGUGGUAAAUGUGGCCGAAUUGGUCUGUUAUGACACUAUCAAAGAAGUACUCAUCAAUUCCGGACUCUUCCGCGACGGACUGGUCUGUCAUUUUAGCGCCGGUUUAAGUGCUGGAUUCUGUGCGACCCUGCUUACCAGUCCAAUCGAUGUGGUCAAAACACGUUAUAUGAACUCGACUAACAGCUACUCCAGUGUCUGGGACUGUACUAAAGCAUUGGCACGAGAGGGCGGAUUCCUUGCUUUUUAUAAGGGGUUCAUUCCGGCAUUCAUGCGUUUGGGCACUUGGAAUGUAUGUAUGUUCGUUACGUUUGAACAGUUGAAGAAAAUCAUGUACACAAUGAAUGCUCAAAACAGAGACAAUAAGAUCUCAGUUCGGAUAUUCUGUCGUUUAGUUUUGUACGAUAUCUCAAAUCUGCCGACAAAUGUGCCGAUCGUUUCCUUAGGUCGCAAUGGCUGUCAUUACUAUCUGUAUAAUGAUAUCGGUUUUGCGGACGAUGUGUGUAAUACCGACGCCUGUGUUGAUCAACAUUAG